AUGUCCAAAAAAGGAUGUACAUCUAACUUAUUGCAAAGUGUUGACGACAUUACGAAGUCGUUAAAUAAAAGAAACUUUGUUAAUAUUGCAUUUUUGUACUUUGCGAAAGUGUUUGAUAAAGUUUCUCACCGUAAACUACUUCAUAAACUGAAAGCUUAUAGAAUCAAUGGCAAUGUUCUUAAAUGGAUUGAGUCAUUUUUGAUUAGUAGAAAGCAGCAAACUGUUUUAGUUCAUAAAAUCUAUGCUGAUGACACUAAACCUUUACAAGAAACAAGACCUGAGUUUCACGAUGUUGAUUGUCUGAUUCUUCAAAACAAUUUAAACAUUGUCACAAAAUGGUCAAAGGAAUGGCUAAUGGAAAUGACUGUUGUAAAAUGUAAAGUUAUGUAUCUUGGUCAUGGAAAUAGUAAUCAUGAAUAUAGAAUAAACGAUGGAAAUAUAUCACUUACUGUGGAUGCAACAGAUGUUACUUUUGAGGCAACGGAUAUUGAGAGAGAUCUGGGUAUCGUUAUAUCAAAUGAUAUAAAAUAG